AUGGGAGGCAAGGUGAGAAGGCAGAACAAGUUCAAGCAUGUGAUCUUGGCGCCCUUUAGGAUCAUGUGCAAAGCCAAGAACUUUUAUAUGAAGGGCAUGGAAGACUUUGCCGGCCGGGUGAGCCAAGGGGGAGGAGUUAGCGGGCCUGGGGCGGCUCAGGUCCCGACCGUGCCAAGGAGCUUCUCCAAGAGGAAUGAGGAUGAUGAUGAGGAUUACCGGGAGCUUCUCCGGUCAGUCUCCAAGAGGAACGCCGAGAGGCAGCAGGCGAUGGGAGUAACGGGACCCCCUAGUGGUGUGACUGGCAUGGGAGGGAUGAGGAGUUACAGUGUUGGGAUAGGGAAGAUCGGGAGGAUCGAUGAGGAGACGCCUUGCAAGUUCGAGGAAGUUCCUCCGAGGGCGGAGUCACUGUACCCUAGGAGCAGAAGCCAAGCUGUUGGCAGGAGAAACGCCAUGUUUUACUAA